CUCGCGAGGGGAAGGGCGAGUCGGCGCCGGCGGAGCGGGGGGGAUCCGCGGGGCUCCGGCUGCCGCCAUGGCGGGCGCGGCCCCUGCUGCGGGCCCGGCCCCCGCGGAGGAGCAGCAGCAGCAGCAGGAGGAGGAGGAGGCGGCGGCCGCGCCCGCGGCGAGCGAGCGGCCGCCCCUCUCGGCGGCGGCGCUGGCGAAGAUGGAGCGGAACCGGCGGCGGGCGCUGGCACUGCGGCAGGCGCGGCUGGCGGCCCGGCCCUACCCUGCCGCAGGCGGCGCGCGGGGCCCCCCCAAGGUCGUGGACACGGGCGGGGGCUUCUUCCUGGAGGAGGCGGCGGAGGCGGCCGAGGCCGGGCCCGGGGCCGCCGAGAGGAUCGUGCAUCCCCCCGCACCUGUAAUAGAAUUUGACUAUCUCAUCUGUGGAGACUGUGGCAAAGAAUUCAUGGACUCCUACCUUAUGCAGCACUUUGAUUGGGCAACAUGUGAUAAUUGCAGAGAUGCUGAAGAUAAACAUAAGCUUAUAACAAGGACAGAAGCAAAAGAAGAGUAUCUUCUUAAAGACUGUGACUUAGACAAGAGGGAACCAGUUCUGAGAUUCAUUGUGAAGAAAAACCCUCAUAAUUCACGGUGGGGUGACAUGAAGCUUUAUUUAAAACUACAGGUAAUUCAGCGUUCUCUUGAAGUCUGGGGUAGUGAAGAAUCAUUGCAAGAAGCAAAGGAACUCCGCCGUGACAGCAGAGAGAAGAUGAAACAGAAGAAAUUUGAUAAGAAAGUUAAAGAACUCCGCCGUGCUGUGAGGAGCAGUUUGUGGAAGAAAGACACUAGUAUCCACGAACAUGAAUAUGGACCAGAAGAAAACAUUGAUGAAGAUACAUAUAAAAAGACAUGUACUGUAUGUGGCCAUGAACUAACUUAUGAGAAGAUGUAAUGUUAAUCUGUGGGGUUGGUCGGUUUUGGUGGUGGUUUUGUUUUGUUUUUUUUAAUUCAUUACCUUUUUAAUGGUAUUUUGUAUUAAAGUCAAAUAAAUGCUGAUUUGUGAACAAA